AUGUCAUCAGGAAGCAGUAAAUUGCCGCUGGAAACUCAAAUUAUACGCCUGGGAGAGAAACAUAAUAUUUCGCAACUGCAGCUGUUGAUCGAGCAGACUUCAGCAAAGCAACUCACAACAAUACUCUCCAGUAAAUUGGGUAGAAAUGAUUGUACAACACUGUGGAACUAUCUGCUACAAGGCUUCCAUCCCAAUAACCAUGACUCGAAGGAGAAACGAUUUGCAUGUGUCAAAUGUUUUCUCGAUGGCCUGCUCCGGGUGGAGUUAAGCUAUAAACAAAUGUAUGAUUUAAUUACCCGCCUAUGUCAGGAUUUAAAUACAUUUCCCAGUGAUCAAUUGAUUGAAAUUCUGGAACAUUGUAUAGACGGUCUACGUAUGGGUGAUCCGAAAUGUGUUGGCUGGAAAGAUCUACUGCCGGAAACAUUAAAUGUAUUGGCGACAAUGCCACAUUUAAAUGUAAACGGGGUCACAAUGAGCGGCAGUGAAUAUCGUGAUACAACUGUGAAGAACUUGUGCUCAAUGAAAUGGCCAAAUGAAGUGAUGACACCCAUUGCCGAUAUGUUCAAGGAACUUCACCUAACACCCAGUGAAACACUUGUGGUUUUGAACAAAUUUUCUGGUUGUCUACAAUCGAUGUCUCCCGAUGCUUUACCGGCAUUAAGCUUUCAAUUAUUCUCUAUGUGCUCCACAGCAUCACAAAUAAUCAUACCCAUUUUGGCACUGGAGAAAUAUUUCCAUCGUUUUUAUUAUAAGAAGCUAUUUGAUGACAUGAGUAGCAAUUCCACUGAUUUUGAUAGUAUUGAUGCAUUUUCCGAUCGAGAAUUGCGUGAAGCAGAAGAAACUAUAUUGCAUCAUUUGAAUUAUUGUACCCAAUACAAGAUCAGUGAAAUACAAAUGUCCAUUGUCCUAAGGAAUUUUCUAGCGAUGCCGGAUGUUAUUCUAACACCAUUUGUCCUAAGUGCCAUAUUGUCCAUGUCCUCGGCAAAUCGUGAACCUGAUUCACGUCUUUCCGCCUCUGUAUUGUUACCGUUUUUACGUAGUGUAAUUCGCAAUAAUCAUGAAGAGAAUGUUUUAUCUGAAUAUUCAGUGUGGUGUCGUGAUAGCCUACAACGUAAAAAUGUUGAUUUGGAACAAAUCUUUACAGUACUUAUCGACCAGAAUAAGGAUGGUAAAGAUACCAUUACACCGGGCUUGGUGAAUUUAGCCUUUGUUUUACUAAAAGCUAAAAACAGUCCACAACUAAAUCAAUUGGCAAUUAAUUUUCUUACGAAGUUUAUACGAAAACGUUUUGUGUUCGGGCAAGGUAUAAUCAAACGUUUGGCCGAAUGGAUGGUUGUUGAACAGGAUCAAAAUCAAUAUUCCGAAUGUUUGAAUGUUUUAAGUGUUGCCGAUACCUUUACCGUUUCGGAAUGUACAAAAACCAUAAACCAUGUUCUGGAUUACUUUUUAUGGUUACCAGGAGAUCAAGCCUUGCGCAUGAUGUCUUUCAUUUUACCAGUUUUAAAAAUAUCUGCCCUAGUUAGAGAUGCUUUCAUAGAAGUUCUACGUAAAGCGAUGAGUUCAAGUGAAAUGAAAACUCGUCGCAUGGCGGUUUAUGGCUUUUGCAUGAUUUUAAAACAGCUCAACAAUAGUAACUCACAACGUUCCCAGAUGAAUGUUUCCGGUAUGUGUACACAGCAUAGUAUUUCGGGUUUCUCGCUAAUGUCUCAGCUGGGCAAUCGUAAUAAUCCACAAAGACAUUUUGAUAUGCUCACAUUGGAAAUUAUUGGAGUAUUAAGAAAUUGUUUUACCCAAACAUUGGAUAUCAAAUUAUGUUUAUAUGAAAACCUACAACGUGCUGUAGAAUUAAACCCAAAGCUUGUUCCACAUGUGCUACAAUUUAUCGAUUGGCAUUUUCGUUCAUUUUUCAAUGCACCCCUCGAAGAAGAUGAAGAUAAUCAAUUUGCGGUGAAAUUUGAAAAGAUUGUCUCAUCGAAGGAUUUACAGGAAAAUGAAAUUGAAAUUCAUGAUAAUUUGGGAAAACUGUUAAUAUUUGUUAGUCAUUGUUUGGUAAUAUUUGAAAAAUUCGAAACCGAAUAUGAUACGCGAGAAAUAAAACGUCUCAUAAAGCUAUCGCUGGAGAAGGUAAUUGGAAAACACAUUAAAUUUGAAGAUAUGAAUGGUUCUCUAACACAUCUUAAAAAUGAAUUAAUAUUGCAACAAUUAAAUUUCAUAGAAGGUUUAAUGGCAUACAGCCUACUCACAUCCAAACAAAACAAUGAAAAUAUUAAAAAUCUCCUGCCAUUAUUUAAACAACAUGAGCAUUUGACUGAGGGUCUUAAGACCCUAUCCCAUAAAAAAGGUCCCAAGAAAAUUAAAACCGCCAAUGAUAAUGAGAUAUCAAAUGUAACCAUUAACGGGGUAGCAGUCAAAAAAAUCCAAUCACAACCGGAAAAUAUAUGGGAUUUAAGUAUUAUUGAGAAAUUGUUACGUUUGUUGCACGAAGAUAUUGUGCCAUUUGCUGCAAGACAAAAUACCACAUCCUUGCGCUCUCAUGUCGCCUUGGUACGUUAUGUUUUAGAAGUGGCCGCUUCAAAAGUUGCCCAAAUACGCUCCGAACCAGAAUACAAACAAUUGGCACACAGUAAACGUACGCUACGAUAUGUUACCGAUAUUACAAAAGUUGUCUAUGAACGUUGUGUAAAACGUUUACCAGAUUUAUGGCGUAAUUUUGAUAUGGAAACUGCCUCCCUGGCUAUGGAAUGUUUCCGUCAAUGUUUACAAACAGCCAAUGAAGUUUAUAAAUCGAAAUUUGAAUCGAUUUUUGUUAAAGGAUUCGAUUUCCAUACAAUUAAUAAGAGUAAAGAUGUAAUUUCCAUACUCCAAGAUGUAAUGGAUGAAUUUAUGAAAGAAGAACAUUCCGAAGAAACAGAUCCAAAUGAAUCGUUAUUGAGCGAUACAAAUGGUCGUAAAAUUCCCAAUAAUAUAUUCUUAAGUUUGGAAGUUUUAUACGAUAAUAUAUCGUUUGGUAGUCGUUUGACUAUUGAAUCAUAUAAUUGGUUACUGAAAUUUUGCAAAACUUUUGAAAUUAAAACCAAGGAGUUGGGAAUUGUCCACAAGCUGUUGUUUAAACAGAGACAGAAAACGCAUUCCGGAGCAUUUUUUCAAGUUAUACCCGAACAUUUGGGAAAAAUUUGGUCAUAUGUUAAGGAUGAUGAGGAACCUGAAGUGGAUCCCGGAACACAAACAAAUUUUCUCCUUAAAUCAAUUACCGAUGUCACAGCUGAAUCGUGUUUGCAGCAUCUAUACGAUUUAUUGCGGAAACAAAUUGAAGAUGUUGAAUAUUUCAUUAUUAAGGCUAAUAAUUUGGCCUACAAAUGUCGUAUUGUACCCGAAGAUGAUCGUGAUUUUUGUUUGGCUUCUCUCAAAUCUCUUGAGAGAUCAAUAUCCAUGCAAUUGGUACAUAUAUCAAAUACUCUACGAAAUUUAACAAAUGUCUGCAUACCAUUGGGCAGUUCCAUGGAUGGUUUGAUGAAACUUAUAAUGCAACAUUAUAUAUGCUUGAAAAAUCUAACCAAACAUUUUCUAUCAUGUUCAUCGGGUGGUAUGAAGGUGUCCAUACAGGGAACAAAAUUUGAUUCCUUGCUUCGCGUGGUGGGCAAACCAUUACCAUCAAAUAUUUAUGCCUUAAUCACAUACAUUGAAAGCAAUAUUUUGGAAGAUAAGGCGAAAAAGAAAUCCAAUCCGCAAGCCGACAAGGCCAAAGUACUAAGGGAAACUAAAUUUAUACCCAAAAUUAUUUUAUGCAUUGAGAAUUUCAAUAAACAUGUUAUACUAUUGGCCAAGAAGACCAACGAUCGUUUGGCCAAUUAUUUACAUUUCGGUACCGUGAGAGAUUUUCGUAUAAAAACCUCCGAUUUAAAAGCAGCCAUUGAUCGAACAUUAUCACAUAGCAGUCAGAUUGAGGUAUCUGAAAGUGCUGAAGAAGAUAAUGAGGGUGAGGUUCCAGAAUAUGAAAUUGAAGAUAAUAACGAAACAAUACUCAAGGAAUUAGAAGAUGAUGCUAUUGCCUCACAAAUAGAAGCAGAAAAAGAAAAUAUUUCGAGCAAAGACAAUGAAGAAGACGAAGAGCAGUCUGACACAUCAUCAAGGCGUAGCAGAAGUUCAACACCAUCUAACGUAAACGCUAAAGCGAAAAAAUCUCAAAAGAAAUCCGAUACAAAAACACAAAAGAAAUUUCAAGAAAAGGAAAAGUCAAAGCCACAAAAGAAAACUGAAGAAAAGGAAAAACCACAAAAGAAAUCCGAAAUCAAGGUAGUGGCGCAAAAGAAAGCUCCGACAUCAAAGAAAACUAAAGCUUCACAAAAAGAAAAACCAAAACCUAUGGAGAUCGAUGAUGACGAUGGAAAUAAUGGUGACGUGACAAUUAUAACACCGGAUGAUGCUGAAACACUUGAACAUGAAAGUGAUCGAGAUUCUUGCACUCAAUUAAUGAAGAAUUUGGCGAAGAUUAAUGCUAAAUCAGCCAAAAAGCGUUCACUGCGUGAUUCAGAACAACAAGAAGAUCCUGAUGUUUUAUGUGCACCACCCCUUGAGCCGGUAUCGAAAAAAUCUAAACGUGGUCGAAAACCGGGAAAAUGA